GGAAACGGUGGCGGUGGGAAUGGUGGCGGCGGAAACGGUGGCGGUGGCAAUGGUGGCGGCGGCAACGGUGGGGGCGGAAACAGCACCCAGUGCCCACUGGACGCGCUGAAGCUGGGAGUGUGCGCGAACGUGCUCGGGCUGCUGAACCUGACUCUGGGGAGCCCGCCGGUGCAGCCGUGCUGCUCGCUGAUCCAGGGGCUGGCGGACCUGGAGGCGGCGCUGUGCCUGUGCACGACGCUGAACCUCAACCUUCUGGGCAUCAACCUGACCUUGCCCAUCGCCCUCAGCCUCGUCCUCGACAACUGCGGCAAGAACGUCCCCUCCGGCUUCCAGUGCCCCAACUGAGCCCGCCCGGACCCUGCAUCCGCCAUAUCUCAUGCAUGCAUGCAUGCAUGAUUGGCUAUUUAAAGUACCACCACGUACUUAAUUGUGUGCUUUGAUUACGUAAUCAUCUGCUGGUUUUUAUGUGUGGCUGGAUUUCGAUUGCGGAGAAGCUACGUACUACUUCUCCAGGUUCUACGUACGUACAAGCACGCACUGUUACCUGCGUGCGUAAGGAUUUCGUUGUGUGUGUGUAUGAUGUGUUGUCGUAAUCGUCACAUGUUUGUGAUGAGUUAGUUAUUGCCAGAGUGCUCAUAAUGUACCGCUAUCUCCGAAUAAAUAAAAGAUUUGCUAUUUUCCAUUA